AUGACACGAGGAAACGUGGCUGUACUCUCAGGUCUCGCUCCUCCUUUCUGCCUUCAUCUUUCAAAAUUCCAAUCAAGAGGCUUCAGAAUAAGGGCAUUUUACGAGAUUCAAAUCCUUGAAAGCUUACCAAGAAAUCAAAAAUGGAGAAAAUCAGAAGAGCAUUACAUGCUGGCUAAUGGUACACCGAUAAUCGUAAUUCUUUCGACUUGCAUUUCAAGGCUUCACCCUAAAAAACUGGAAGAAGAACUUGAUGGAUGGCUCAAGGCUGCUGCUCUGGUUAAAUCUCCUGAUGUUCGAGGCGUGAUUGCUCCUCAUGCAGGUUAUUCAUAUUCAGGUCGUGCUGCUGCUUAUGCUUUUGGAAAUAUAGACCCAACAAACAUUUCUCGGGUAUUCUUGCUUGGUCCAUCACACCAUUAUUAUACUCGAAAAUGUGCUUUUUCAAAAGCGACAGUUUACAAGACUCCAAUAGGAGACUUACCUUUUGAUUUGGAAGUCAUUGAGGAACUUAAAGCAACAGGAAAUUUUGAAUUGAUGGAUCUUCGUGUUGAUGAAGCUGAACACAGCAUGGAAAUGCACUUGCUAUAUCUUGUAAAAAUUUUUGAAGGGCAUCAGGUAAAAGUUGUGCCCAUAUUGGUUGGGGCUCUUAAUGCUGAUAAUGAAGCUAUGUAUGGACAAUUUUUAGCAAAAUAUGUAGAUGAUCCAUCUAAUUUCUUUUCUGUCUCCUCAGAUUUUUGUCAUUGGGGUUCUCGGUAUGUUCCACAUGCGUUGGACAAGAAAUAUGGGGCUAUACACAAAUACAUUGAGGCGUUGGACAAGAUGGGUAUGGAUGUAAUAGAAACAGGGGAUCCUGAUGCAUUUAAACUGUAUUUGCAGGAGUAUGACAGUGCUAUUUGUAGGCGCCAUCCAAUUAGUGUUUUCCUACAUAUGUUAAGGAAUUGCUCAACAAAGAUAAAGAUUCAGUUUCUCCAAUGCGAGCAAUCAAGCCAAUGCAAAACAACGGGGGACAGCAGUGUAAGUUAUGCAUCUGCAGCAGCGAAGGUGGACUCUUGAAGCUAUAUUAAUUAGCAUUUCAAAUGUGCUUGUGUUGGAGACAAUUAACAAUUUGAACUUCUUUCAAUUGAAUAUAUCAUCUAACUUGAUCACUCAGGCAUUUGAAAGAAUCUAUCAUGCUAUCUAUUUCCUGUUUAUAGAUUGAAUAACAGUAAUGAAUUGUUGUCUACCUUCCCCUUGUUUACUGAGGUGGAAUUGGGCUUAUGGCAGUUGAAUGGGUGGUGGAGUCAGCAUUGUUGCCAUGUGCCCGAAAGCUUUGCUGUUGUCUAAAGCAGGACAUGAUAAUAAUAAAAAUCUGAUCGAAAAACGAUGGUUGUAGCCUUGUCGGGGGGUGAGAGUAA